CUGCAAACCCAAAACUGGGUUCUCUCUCAAACUUCAUCUUCUUCCUCCUUUCCUCCUUCGACAGUUUUGCCUCCUCAUUCUCUAUCAACCUUCCUCCUGCCUUUUCCUGCUCAUCCUUCUUCUUUCUUUCUCUCUUUCUCUCUCUCUCUCUCUCUUCUCCCUUCUUCUUCCUCUCUCAAACCUAGAUUUGGGUUUUUCUCAGAUCUUUCAACAUGAGGAGUUGCCAUUGGGAAGCUAUGAAAACCUUGACUCGAUCGGCACUGGCAACUGAGAAUAGUGAAGAGUACAACCGACGCAUGGGAGAAAUGGCUUUCCAAGGUGAAAUUGAUUUCAAGCUUAUGGCACCUUUGUGCGGGUUAUUUGAUGGUUCUAGAGUGGAAGAUCGCCAUCAUGAAACCACAGAGUCACCAUUGGGAAGCUUCAAAAACCCUAACUUGAUUGGCACCGAAAACUGAGAAUGGUUAAGAGUAGGACCGAUGCGUGGAAGAAAUGGCUUUCCAAGGUGAAAUUGAUUUCAAGCUUGUGGCACCUUUGUGCGGCUUAUUUAAUGGUUCCAGAGUGGAAGACAAGAGAAGCUUUUGUUUAAAGCUUCUAUUUUAUGGUUUAUAAUAAAUUGAUGAAAUCAAC